AUGGCUGCAACAGACAACGAAGAAGACGACUACAUGUCCGACGCUUUCCUCAACAUCGAAACUGUUAAGGAUGUCCGACCUGGCCUGUUGAUGACUCACAAACAGCAAAGACUUCACAAUCAGAUGAAAAAGAGAAAGGAAUGUCAAUUGAUAAACAAGACCACUGGCUUAAAGGCGUUGGAAGAGCAACAACGUCAGGAAGGACUAGAAAAGGCCAUUGACAGCACCAACAAAGGUUUUUCACUUUUACAGAAAAUGGGUUAUACACCCGGAUCAGGAAUUGGCAAAAACAAUUCCGGAAGAGUGGAACCAAUUGGCAUCGUGUUGAAAACCGACCGCAAAGGAUUGGGUAGAGAAGCCGCGUUAAGAGAAAUCAGAGAAUGGAAAAAAUCAAUGAUACGCAGUAGACGGUCAGCAGGACCCAGUGUGUGCGAGUAUAGAGAGAGACGGGCUCAGGAAGCUGCUGAAAAAUUAGACCGUUUGGACUUAUUUAGAUGCCAACGAGUAUGCCGCCAAAUGGAUUUAGAACAGGAUAUACAAGAACCAUCUGAAAAGUUCUUUUGGCCUGAGGAAGUUCCUGAAGAUGAUGCAGAUGAAUCAGAGGCAGAAGAAUUAAAUACUCUAUCAUUAAACGAACAAUUGGAAAUUUUAAUUUUUUAUUUGAGGCGCACUUACAACUAUUGCGUUUAUUGUGGAACAGUAUAUGAAGAUGCCAGUGAUUUGAUGGAUGAAUGUCCUGGUCCCAAUCGAGAAAAUCACUAA